AUGGCGGAGGACGUUCGGAGAGAGUUCGUGGUGAACACCGUGCUCGAUGCGGUCGCUCCGUCUCACGCCAGAGAGCACCUCCGGGCCCAGCUGUCGUCGGAUCUGACCGGCGCGAUGGGGGCGUUUCUGGACGACCAGACCACGACGGUGCUGCAGGCGACGCUGGCGGGCGACGUCGUGACCUGCGCCAACUCGGUGUCGUUCGACACGUCUUCCACCGCGCAGGUGGUGCUCACCAAACUGCGACCGGGUCCGCUGCGCCCGAGCGAUAUCCCGCACGCGGUGUCGGUGUCCUCCAUGGCGCACUCGCCGGUCAGCGCCUUGUACCACCAACUCCGGCAGGUGUACGGACCCCUCCUCGGGAACGACGCGCGCGGCGAUGGCGCCGCCCCGGUGGACGCCAAGCUCCGAGGCCUCGUCGCCGAGCUCGAAGCCGGCCUCGGGAACGUCCUCCGGCUCACCGGGGGCGUCGGUGACCUCACGCGCGUCGAUCCGGCGGACUCCCCUCUGGUCGGCAUCGCGUCGCCCCUCGACGAGUUCACGCUGUGGAGCGAGGUGGCGUACGCCAAGGACGUCAGCGAGCCCACCCGACGGGCCGCGAACGAGGUGUACCGCGCGUUCGAACCCGUCAAGGAACGGUUCGAGCGCCUGAACCACCUCGCGGAUGAGGACGUCCUCGAGCUCGUGGACGAGGUCGGCGACGCGCUCGACGCGGCGUGGAGGAUACCACGCGGCGACGGCACAGCUGGCGGCCAGUUCCCCAGACGACGCGCGGAGCACUUCAUGAGGAUGGUGGGGGCGGCGCUCGUGGGUCAUGUGCAGGCGCGCGCGAAAGGGGUUUCGAUAUGGAGCGACGGGUUCAAGUCCGUGGAGAGUUUGCUGAGGUUUGGGCACAGGUGCCUGGCCAAGUGGGAGAGAACCGCCGCGGACCUCACAGAGCUCAACUGGCGCGAGGGUACCGGCGGGUGCCAACACUGGCAGGGUCAGGCGUUCAGGGACCAGGAGCUGAGUAAGGCCCGGGAACGGCUCGACGAGGUGUUCAGGAUGCGCGAGGCGCAGGCUGAGCUCGCAGAGCUUCUCUCCCCCGAGGAGGGCCGGUCGCUCGCGCUCUCCGAUGUGUUUGGCCCCUUCGCGCGACUUGACCCGUUGCAGGUGAGCGAGUACACCGCACCGCUUUGGGAAGCCGCGCGCGGUGACUACGACCGGCGCAUGUCACCGAUCGAGGACAAGAUGUCGGAGAAGCUCCGGGAGCACUUUGGCGCGCGCCUGAUUCCGUCGCUUCAGGCGUCGAUGAGGAGCCGGGGUGACGAUUCCGCUGUGGCGAUGGCUCAACCGCACCAAGUUCUGAGAGAGGUGGGGAGGUACGCCGAGCUCCUGCGACGGCCGGCAGUGGCGCAGUCGCUGACAUCCGAGCGCAACCUCCUCGCGGAUAGCCUCGAGCGGUUCCUCGAGGAUAUCAAGGCUGAGUGCGACCGCCGAGCGCGUGUGAGCGGCGGUGGCGGCGGCGGCGGUGGCUCGGGCGGCGCUGGAAGGAACACCACCGAGAAGGUGGAGGCUGUCGUGUGGGCAACGCAGGCGCAGGAGCGUGUCGCCAUCGCGCGCGAGACGUGCGCGGCGCUUGUGAUUACCACGCGCGAUAAAGGCGGGAACAGGGUUCAGGGAACCGAGCAAGACGCAGCAGGCCGCCGCGGGUCCGACUUGGAUCGGGAGGCAAAGCAUCUACUUCGCGAGAUUGACGACCUUCGCAAGCGGCUCUUCAAGGGCUGGCAGGAGGGCAUCGUGGACCGCCUCGGGGAGUUCAAGCUGGACCUGGGGUCUAAGCUGAUGGACCUGGAUUCGUCGUCGACCGGUCAGGUGAAGCUCCACUACAACUCUGAGCUCGUGAGUUUAUUGAGGGAGGUGCGCCAGCUCUCGGCGCUUGGAUUCACGAUUCGUAGGGACAUCGCUGCAGAGGCUGAGACCGCGAGGAAGUUUUACAGGCACGGGAUGGUGCUGCGUCAAGUUGCAAACUUCUACAACAACAUCGCGUCCGAGAUGAUCCCCUGCCAGAAGCCGAUGAUGCUCGACGACGCGGUCAAGUUUGAGGAGGUGCUGACCAACCCGAGGGAUGGGCUCGGUAAAGUAAUCACCUGGAACAACCCAACUGCGCUAGAGAAAUACAUCGGCAAGCUUCAAGCCGUCGCUGGGGUUCUCACCGAUAAGAACCGCAGGCUGCGAAAGUGGCACGGGUCCCUCGCUGAGAAGGUGUGUGCGCUAUUCGCCAUGGAUCUGGUCCGCCAAAAAGAGGCAUGGAAACGGGCGGUGAAGGAACUUCGAUCAAUCUUUGCCAACCUCGAGGGUGAGUUCCGCAAAGACCUGCAGAGCGCGUGGAGGGUCCACUGGGAUCACCAGCUGUACAAGGCGCUCGAGUAUCAGUACCAUCGCGGGCUGGAGACACUGAACGAGAUGCUGCCGCAGGUUAACGUGAGCCUGGUGUUUAAGCAGCGCAGGCUCCAGUUUGAGCCGCCACUCGAGGAAAUUCGCACCGCGCACUACAAACAGGUCAAGGAUUUUCUGAACCUCCCGCUGGUGUUCAAGGGCGUAAGCGACGUGAGUGAGAAAGCCGGUUUCUUCCGGGGCAUGAUGGACUCGGCCGUGGGCGCUGCUGGGUGCGCUAAGGUGUACGAUAAGACCGAGGCGCUCUUCGUGAAACUCGCAGAUGAGCAGAAAAAAUACGAACACUGGGUUGCGCUGGGGACCGUCGACCUAGACACUUUCGUGGACGAGCGGUUCUCGGAGUCCAAGGAAUUCGAGGAGGGGUUCAAGCUCGUGAAAUUGGCGAGUAAACAGGCGGAUCGGAUCCCGCUGGAGAUAAAGGUCGACUGCUACACAGUUUCUUGCUUGCCGCUAAAAUCCGCGGUUGAGAAGCAAAUCAAGGAACUGCAGGACACACUGAGCAAUUGCCUGCAGCGUAAGGUCGUGCGCUCGAAGGAGACCAUCGAACAGUUCAUUCGGUCGGGCAAGGAACUCUUGGACACAAAGGCGCAAACCAUCGAGGAGAUUGGAAACAUGCGCAACGAUGCCAAAAACCUGUCGGCGGAGUUCCAAGGAAAGAUUACGCAGCUGCGGUGGCAGGUGGCAGACCUCUCCAAGUUGCUGAAACAGUCCGGCGGAUCGGGCGCGCAGGCUGCGGCACAGAUUGAUUUUUCAUCUCUCGAUUCUGACUGGGAGAACCUGUCCACCAAGCUCGAGCAGCUGGAGGCGCACCUCGAGAUUCAAAAGGACAACCUCAAGGUUCAAAUUGUGCACAGGAUUUCGGAUUUUGGGUCCAAGGCUGAGGCUUUCCGCGAGCGAUGGUUUGAGUUCAAGCCCAGGGGUAUUCCCCAGGGCGAAUCUACCCUGAUCAUGAAUAAACUCGAGGACGACUAUCGGUCCCUCGAGGAGCUCAAGGAGGAGGGUGAGCAACUUCGCAUGGAUUGCGAACACUUCUCGAUGGAACGGCCGGAGUUCCCAGUGCUCGACGAGGUUGCCGCCGACAUUGAGGUCACCCGCGAGGCAUGGAGCCGUAUUGGAGAUUUCAACAAGGAACGUAACGAGCUCGCUGGGCGCGACUGGAUCCUCAUACGCGGUAAACUGUAUGAGUUCGACGACUUUCUCGCCAAGUGGGACCAAAAGGUUCGAUCCAGUGAGAACAAGGACGCCGUUGCGGUCAUGCUGCUGGAGCAGAUUGAGGAAUACAAGAAGGCACUUCCCGCGCUUAAAUUUUGCCGUGGCGAGGGAUGGGAGGGCUCGCACUGGGCGCAGCUAUUCUCCAUGCUGCGGUUUCCGACGAAGGGCCCUGAGGCGGUGACGCGCGAGAACCUGACCCUGCAGCACUUCUUGGACAGGGCAGAGCUGCUCAUCGAAAAAUUGGACGACCUCAAAAAGCUGCACUCGCAGGCUCAGGGAGAGGUGACGCUUCGCGAGGCGCUUCAUCAACUGAAGGUUUGGGGUCUAGAUCGGCGGUUCUCGACCAUCAAGCACAACAUUGCCGGACCCAGGGGCGGCUCAGUAUCCCUCAUCAAGGACUGGAAAGAUCUGUUCACAGAGGUUGCGGAUAACCAGAACCUGGUCUCAUCCCUCUCGUCGUCGCCGUUUUUCGCUCCGUUCAAGGAGGAGACAAGCAUCUGGGAGACGUUGAUGUCCAACUUGGCCGACCGAUUGAAUCACAUGAACGCGAUCCAACGCAAGUGGCUGUACCUUCAGCCCAUCUUUGCGCGUGGCGCAUUGCCGCAGGAGCAACCCCGCUUCAGGCGCGUUGACGAGGACUUUCAGGGAAUCAUGGCCUCCAUCGACGCCGACUCGCUCGUGAAAUCUUUUGCCGAGAUGCGAAUGCGGGACGAUCACAUGCACGAGAUGUCCACACAACUGGAUGUUUGCCAGAAGGCGCUCGCAGAUUACCUCGAGGAGAAACGUUCGAUGCUCCCGCGGUUCUACUUCAUCGGCGACGAUGACCUUUUGGAGAUUUUGGGCCAGGCAAAAAACCCGGAGGUGAUCCAGGCGCACCUCAAGAAACUCUUCGCCGGGAUUCACUCCGUCGUGUUUACGGAGGGCGCGGGAAGCAUCACGGCGAUGAAAUCCAUAGCCGGGGAGGUUGUCCCACUGCGGAAACCCGUCGUCGUCAACGAGGCUGUCGAGGUGUGGCUCGCAGACCUGGCUGCGAACAUGGUGCAGAGCCUGAGCGGCAUGCUUGUCAGGUGCCUCGCAGAGAAGGAUUACGAAGCCUUCCCUUCACAGAUUCUCAGCCUUGCCGACCAGGUUCACUUUUCGCAAAAGGCCGAGGCAGCCAUCUCGAGGGGAACCCUGCCAGAUCUCUUGGACGAGCUCCAGGGUCAGCUUCAGGAGUACACCUCCUUCGAUGUCGAGGGCAUGCGCGUGAUGCAGCUCAAGGUUCAGAGCCUGGUGAUGGACCUCAUCCAUUCCAUCGACGUCGUGGAACAGCUCCAGAAGGAGUACUGCUCCAACGUGGGCGAGUGGGUGUGGCAGCGGCAGCUGCGGUAUUACGGUGAAGGCCGCGGAGGUGGUGUGCAGGUCAGAAUGGACAACGGCGCGUUCGCGUACAGCUUCGAGUACCAGGGUAACGCGCCAAGGCUCGUGUAUACCCCGCUGACCGAUAAGUGUUACCUAACGCUGACGCAGGGCAUGCACCUUGGGUACGGCGGUAACCCCUACGGACCGGCGGGAACGGGCAAGACAGAAUCUGUCAAGGCGCUGGGUCAGGCUAUGGGCCGGCAGGUUCUGGUGUUCAACUGCGACGAGGAGUUCGACUUCAAGUCCAUGGGAAGGAUAUUCACGGGACUGCUCAAGUGCGGCGCGUGGGGUUGCUUUGACGAGUUUAAUCGUCUGGAGGAGGAGGUGCUCUCCGCGGUGUCCUCGCAGAUUCAGACCAUCCAAGCCGCGCUCAAGUCGCGGCAGGAUUCGAUGACCUUUCUCGGGAAAGACAUCGAGGUUAACCAGAACGCGGGCAUAUUCGUCACGCUAAACCCGGCGGGUAAAGGGUACGGCGGGCGAAGUAAGCUUCCCGACAACCUCAAGCAGCUCUUCCGAUCUGUCGCCAUGACGGUGCCAAACUUUGAGCUCAUCGCUGAGGUGAUUCUCCUCUCUGAGGGAUUUCGGGACGCCAGGAUCUUGGGUGGCAAACUCGUCUCGCUCUUCUCCCUCAGCAAGCAGCUCCUGUCGCCGCAGCAACACUACGAUUGGGGUCUUCGCGCGCUCAAGACGGUGCUGGGCAUAGCCGGAAAACUCCUCCGCGACGCGCGCACCGCCGCUGCUGCGGGCGCCGGGCCGCGCGUGGACAAGACGAUGGAGGCGCAGAUUGUCAUCCGAGCCACGCGGGUCACGACACUCCCGAAGCUCACGUUCGCGGACGGUCGCAGGUUCGCCGACCUACUCAAUGACGUCUACCCCGGCGUGGAGGUGAGUGACGUGAGCGACGCCGAGCUCGAAGCUGCGAUCCAGGAGAUUCUUGAGGAGAAACACUAUGAGAACGUCCCGUCGCAGAUUGAGAAAGUUUUGCAGCUGCACAUUGCUUGUUCCCAGCGCAUCGGCAUCAUCAUCGUUGGCCCCUCGGGUUCAGGCAAGUCGUCGCUGUGGCAUAUACUGGAGGGUGCGUAUAAGAAGCUAGGCAGGCCUGUCAAGCGGUACGUCAUGAACCCCAAGGCAAUCCACCGCCAACAGUUACUGGGCCACAUGGACAUGGACACGCGCGAGUGGUUCGAUGGAGUGCUCACGGAUUCUGCCCGGCAGGUGGUGAAGGAGUCACUCGAUCAGCACAGCUGGAUCAUCUGUGACGGCGAUGUGGACCCGGAGUGGAUCGAGUCGCUAAAUUCUGUCCUCGACGACAACCGCCUGCUGACCCUGCCCUCGGGUGAGCGCAUCCAGUUCGGCUCAAACGUCAAUUUCAUCUUUGAGUGCGACGAUCUCAAAUUUGCAUCGCCGGCGACGGUGUCGCGAACAGCUAUGCUGUUCCUGUCAGAGGAGGCGGUGGAGCCCUCUCUCAUCGUCAAGGGCUGGCUGUCAAAGCAGCCCGAGGAGCUUCGUGGCCAGCUCGGAGGCUGGUGCGACGAGUACUUCUUCCAAGCGCUGGAUCGUGCGCUCGGUCUCGGCACAGUCACGCAAACCACAAAGGUUGGCACGAUUAAAAACGCGCUCAGCCACAUCGCUGGUGCCGACAGCAAGCAGCGAUUCGCCCGCGGGCUCGCGCGCGGGUUCGCGUCCAACAUGGAACCCGCCGCCAGGGACCGCCUGUUAAAGGAUCUCGAAAGACUCACCGGCGAGAGGGACCUGCUGUACGUCAGCGCCGCCUCAAUCGAUCGCUAUGAUGCUCCCCCGUCGGGAAUCAUCAAGGGGAAAUGGAGUGGCGUCGUCAUGGUCGCCGCCGUGGCGCAGGUUCAAUCCCUCGUCGCACCCUGGCUCGAGUCGGGUCAGCCGUUCGUGCUCGUCGGCCCCGAGGGCUGCGGCAAGGCGAUAAUCCUCGAGGAUUGCUUCGCGCGGCUUCGUGGGUCGUCUGUGGCGACGCUGGCGUGUUCCGCGCAGACCACCGCGGCAAACGUCAUUCAAAAGCUGGCGCAGUGUUGCGGCCAGCCCGUCGCGACUAGCGGGGUCACGCACCGCGUGCUCAGGCCGCGCGAUUCCGAGCGCCUGGUGCUAUACCUGAAGGACAUCAACCUUCCAAAGCCUGACAAGUACGACACGAUCCAGCUCAUCGCGUUUUUACAGCAGCUGCUCACGUAUCAGGGGUUCUACGACGAGAGCCAGGAGUUCAUCGGGCUGCUCAACAUACAAAUCGUCUGCAGCAUGAACCCGGCAACCACCGUCGGCAGGCACGCCAUCACCACACGCUUCACCGCCAUCGCGGGCAUCGCGUAUAUGCCUUACAUGUCCCGCGAUGAAAUGACCGAGGUGUACUCCACGAUGUUCGCCGAGUUUACCCAAGGGACAAAUUAUGAGAGCCAGUCGCAGCGGCGCCUGCUGGCGGAUACGGUGCUCGACAUUUACACCGACGUCACCCGAUCAUUCAGCGCAGAUGACCACAGGCACUACAAAUUCACGCCCCGCACGGUCACCGAAUGGAUUCAGGCGUUGAAUCGUUACGACGUCGGCGCGGUGGAUCUGCUCGAGGCGCUUCACUACGAGGCUGGACGCACGUUCAGGGACAGGCUGGUGGGCGCAGAUGCAGUAAAUAAAUUUGACUCGCUCGUUGCCAACGUCUUCCGAAAGCACUGGCGCAAGGACGGACUAGGCUCCGCAAGGCACGUGUACACCACAUGGGCGAUUCCGCUCGAUGAACGUGAUAACAAGAUGGGCGUCGCGGCGCCGAUGGCCUCUAUGCCCGCGGAUAGCUUCGCGGAGCACGCGCGAGCAGGUUUGCUCUCGUACGAGCGCGAGAUUAAGGAUCUGAACAUAAUCCUGUUCCCUGAGGUUCUCGACCGCGUGGCGAGGUUUAAUCGCGUGCUGAGCCAGCCCGGCGGGCACUUGCUGCUUGCAGGGCGGUCUGGAGCCGGACGCAGGUCUAGCGCUUCGCUCGUUGCGCACAUGCAGCACAUGGAGUUCUUCAGCCCGAAGAUGACGCUAUCCUACGACGAGCGCGCGUUCAAGGUUGACCUGAAACGAAUCCUGACCGAGGUUGCUGUGGAAAACAAGGAGACGCUCCUCUUCAUCGAAGACCACCAGCUGGUCACGCCGGCGAUCUUGGAGACGGUCAACUCGCUGCUGUCGAGCGGUGAGGUCCCCGGCUUGUUCAGCCAGCUCGAGCUCGAUCAGAUCUUCGGUCCCCUUAAGGACCAUAUGCUGGCCGAGGGCACGAUGAUGAGCCCGUUUGACUUUUUCACCGCGCGAGUCAAAGCCGGUUUACACAUCGCGCUCAGCAUGGACCCAUCGGACCCGGAGUGGGCGUCGCGCACGGAGAGUAACCCCGCACUAUUCACUCGAUGCUCGAUGCACUGGAUGGACUCAUGGAACGAGGAGGGCAUGCGGGCCGUGCCGGAGAUGAUGCUAAGGGAGGUGUUUGAGGCAGCGGAGGAAUUUGAUGGAGCAGCCGUCGUUGAGCAGAUGUCCGCAAUUCAAAGAGCAGUCGGCGGAACACCCAGACAGUUCGUCACGUUCGUGGACCAGUACAGGCGGAUCUUCAUGCAGAAACGCGAAGAGCACAUGGAGCAGCGCGACCAUCUCGUUGCUGGGCUUCAAAAACUGGAAGAGGCUGCCGAUCAGGUAUCUGAUUUGUCCACGCAGGCUAGCGAGCAGCAGAGGCUUCUCGCGGAGAAGCAGAUCGAGGCGGACGACGCACUGCAGCGCAUCACCGUGGCUAUGUCGGCCGCGAGCGAGCGCAAGAAAGAGGUCGAGGAGCUGCAGGUAAAGCUUGGCAAGGAGGAGGCCGAUCUUAGCGCGAGGCGGGGACCCAUAGAGAAACAGCUGGCUGAGAUCCAGCCUAUGAUUGACUCGGCCCGCGCCGCUGUCGGCUCUAUCAAGUCCGAAAACAUCAGCGAGGUCAAAUCAAUGAGGCAGCCGCCGGAGAGCGUCAACGACGUCCUCUUCGCCGUUCUCACCUUGAUGGGCAACACGGACACGAGUUGGACCGCGAUGAAACGGUUCCUCGGUUCGCGAGGUGUCAAAGAUGAGAUCAUCAACUUUGAUGCCAGGAACGUCACUUCACGAAGCCGAGCGGCGGUUCAAAAGCUGAUGGAGGACAAGGCUGCUUCCUUCGAACACAAGAACAUCCUGCGCGCGUCCGUCGCCGCCGCGCCGCUCGCGGCGUGGGCCAAGGCGAACCUCAAGUACUCCUCCGUGCUCGAGAAGAUCGCGCCCCUCGAGGAGGAUCUCAGGGAGCUCUCUGAAUCUCUGGACACAUCGCGGACCCGGAUGGCACAGUGCAAGCAGGAUCUCGUGGAUCUCGAUAAGCAGGUCGUGGACCUCAAGAACGAGUUCAGCAGACGAACCGGCGAGGCCGAGGCUUUGAAGCUGAGUCUCAAGAAAGCUGAGGACCAGCUAAAUGCCGCGGAGAGGCUGCUCGGCAAGCUCGGAGGCGAGAAGUCCCGCUGGGAGGAGCAGGUGACGACGCUCGAGACGGAGCUGACAAGUCUUACACGCGACUCCUUACUCGCGGCAGGAUUCAUCGCCCACCUACCCUCUUUGCCCGAGGAUCAGAGGCAAGGCGCGCUGGCGCAGUGGACGAGCUUCCUGGGCGUCGAAAGGUUUGACCUGCGUCGAUUCAUGUCGACCGAGAGCGAGAUGCUGACGUGGAAAUCCGAGGGCCUCCCCGGCGACGAGCUCUCCAUGGAGAAUGCAAUUGUCAUCCUCAACUCGGCGCAGGCUCCCCUAAUAAUCGAUCCAUCGACACAGGCGAGCCAGUGGCUCAAGGCGCACGUCGCUAAGGACGAAAAGUCAGCAUUGGAGGUUGUCACCAUGCACGACAAGCGCUUCGCCAACAAGCUUGAGCUCGCCGUUCGCUUUGGCAAGACGUUGAUCAUCGAGGAGGUUGAUAAAAUCGAGCCGAUUCUCUACAAUGUCGUCCGGAAAGAUUUCGAGCGGCAGGGACUCCGCCUCAUGGUCCAGGUCGGAGACAAGACGGUGGAUUACAACGAGUCGUUCAGGAUGUACCUGGUGACGCGCAAUCCUUACCCGGUGAUUCCUCCGUCCGCCGCGUCAAUAAUCUCAGAGGUGAAUUUCACGGUCACCCGCUCGGGCCUCGAGGGUCAGCUGCUUGGCCUUGUCAUUCAACACGAGCAACCCGAACUUGAGAAGCAGAAGAGCCACCUUCUCCAGGUUGAGGAAGACCUCAAGGUUCAGCUCGCCGGGCUGGAGAAGACGUUGCUGGAGACGCUUGCCACCUCGACUGGUAAUAUCCUCGAGAACGAGCAACUCAUCACUUCACUUGACGAGACGAAGGCAAAGGGAACCACGGUGAAGGAAUCCCUCGAGGAAUCCACCACGCUGCAACUGUCCCUCGACGAGCAGCGCAACGCGUACCGCCCCAUCGCAGCCCAGGGGUCCAAGCUGUACUUCCUCAUGCGCGACCUACGCGCGCUCAACCACAUGUACCAGUUCAGCCUCAACUCGUUCAUACUGCUGUUCAAGAAGGCGCUAAACGAGAGCACACCGUCCUCAGCGCUCGAGAGACGAAUAGAGAUGCUCUCAGCUGCGCUCCUCAGGCUGGUGUUCGGCCAGGUCAGUCGCAGCAUCUUCAACUCGGAUCGACUCACGUUCGGAAUGCACUUCACACGCCACCUCGCGGCGGAAGAUGCCGACGAGAGCCAUUGGAACUACUACUUUGGACUGGAGGCUGCUGACGGAUCUGGCGGUCGCGGCUCUGUCCCGAGCUGGGUCCCCGAGAACGCCGCUCAGGCGUUCAUCAACCUCACGGCGACGUUCCCUUCCGCCACGUCCGAGCUCCGUCUCAGCGAAGGCACCACGUGGGGCGGGUGGAUCGAUUCGCCGGUCGCGGAAACGUGCGUGCCCGCGCCGUCUGCCGGCGCGUUCAUGCAACUGUUGCUGGUGCAGGCGCUUCGACCCGACAGGCUACAGUCCGCGAUGGAUUCGUUUGUUCGCACACAAUUGGGCGUCGACUCGAUCGCUCCGCCGGCCCUUUCACUGCCGCGCGUUUGCGACGAGGCUGAUGCGGCGACACCGGUGCUGUUCAUCGUCACGCCCGGUUCGGAUCCGAGCCAGGAGCUGGAGGAACACGCGGAGAAGGCGAUGGGCCGGGGUCGGUAUCACCAGCUCGCGAUGGGGCAGGGUCAGGCGGAUGAGGCCAUGCGGCUGCUGACUGAGUGCGCGCGCACCGGCGACUGGCUGUGCCUGAAGAACCUGCACCUCGUGGUGGCGUGGCUACCGACGCUCGAGAAGGAGAUCUACGUCCUCAAGGCCCACGAGGACUUCAGGCUCUUUCUCACUUCUGAGCCGCAUGCAAAGUUUCCGUCGACACUUCUUGAGGGUAGCCUCAAGAUCACGUAUGAGGCUCCGCCGGGAUUGAAAAGGAACGUCAGCCGCACGUACGAGGCCUGGUCACCCCAGUACAUCUCGGAAGGCAGCCCACUCCGCGCCAAGCUGCUGUUUUUGCUGGCGUGGUUCCACGCUGUGGUUCAGGAGCGUCGAGCGUACGUGCCGCAGGGUUGGUCGAAAUUUUACGAGUUUUCAUUCGCCGACCUUCGCAGUGGCGCAGACAUCAUCAACCAGGCGUGUGAUGGCAGCGCCGACCCUCAGUGGUCGCAGCUGCACGGCCUGUUGGAACGCGCCAUCUAUGGCGGGCGCGUGGACAGCGGCUACGACAUCAUCGUGCUGCGAACGUACCUCCAGCAGUUCUUCAGCAACGAGAUGACGGGCGGCGGCGGCAUUCGCGUCAAGUCGCUCCCCGGGACGGAUAUCACCCUCCCCAACACCACGGAUCACCGCGAGUUCACCGCCUUACUCCGCCGUCUGGACGAGGCGAACUCCCCUUCGCUGUUCUCCCUCCCCGUCAACGUCCAGCGCACGGUCCAGGUCACCAACAGCAAGCACGUGAUCAACUCGCUGAGGACGAUGGCGGCGGCUGGGGGAACCUCCAAGGGCUUUGAUCGCGCCGUCUGGUCCGCCGCGCUCUCGCCGCUUCUGCGGUCGUGGGAACGGCUGACGGCGUCGAACCCCGCGCUGAGAUCGGCACCCCCGCCGCCGUCCUCGGGCACGUUACCUCCCGUCGAUGCGUUCGUCGAGCUGGAACAGAUCCGUGGGCACCGCGCCGUCGCUGAGAUUGACGGGACGCUAUCCGCGCUGGCCAGAGUGUUGGACGGCGCCGAGCUGCUCACGCCGGCUAUUUUCGCGGCGGGCAGGUGUCUCAUGGAGGACACGGUACCUCCCGAGUGGGAGAAGCACUGGGAGGGACCCGACGUUCCCGUGUCGUACUGCAAAGGUGUGGUGCAUCGCAUGGCGGCGGUGAACGACAUGGUGGAGCGCACGCGGCGCGGGUCUCUGCUCUCCGGCACGGUUCGACUGGAGGACUUUUUCCACCCCGAGACUUUCCUCAACGCGCUUCGACAGCAGAUGGCUCGCGACGCGGGCGUCGCCAUCGACAACCUCACGCUCGUCACCUCCUGGGACGGCACGGGCGGCGGUGUGGCGGUGGAAGGUAUGCGCGUGCAGGGUGCGGUGUUCGACGGCAGGAAACUGAGGGACACGGCGUCCGACGCGCCCCCGUUUGCGACGUUGCCGACGUGCGGGUUGACGUGGGUGGCGCCGGGUUCGCCGGGUUCGGGCGGGCCGAAAGGAGGUGCGGCCCCGCUGAGUGUGCCGCUUUACCUCACCGAGGGUAGGGAGCGGGCCAUCGCGGAGGUGCAGUUUCCGGUGUUCGACGCGGAGGAGGCGUCGAAGUGGAUCCUGGCUGGCACAGCCUGUUUCCUGGGGCCGGUGGAAUGAAAAAGGCACGAUCUGCGCGCGCGGGUGGUGCCUUCGAUAGGAUUCGACUUCGAAAUAUCAUACGGUAUUUAUUUGU